AACUUUUUGGCCGCACAAUUCGUAUUUCAUUGAACGAAACUUUGAAGCCCUAGCUCCACUUCAGUUAUAGGAAACCGCCAUUCUAUCAUCUCCCGCCGUCCCGCAUGCUCGCGUUCGGGUAUUUUCAAAUCGCUGCACCCCCCUCACAGUUCGAGGAGCUGCGAAUGCUGAAGAAGGAAAGCUGGAGCCUGGAGGCGAGGAAGCUGAAAUGAAGAUUGUAACUUACAAUGUGAACGGCUUGCGGCAGCGCGUCUCCCAGCAUGGCUCUCUUCUCAAUCUGCUCAAUUCCCUCGACGCUGACAUCAUCUGCUUCCAGAGAUUUUUUUUGAUAGGAGACAAAAUUACAAAGACAAGAUUUGUCGGUGGAUGUUACUAUGGCAGAGGGCUAUGAGGCUUUUUUUUCUUGCACUCGCACAUCUAGCAAAGGACGCCUUGGUUAUUCUGGUGUUGCAACAUUUUGCCGGGUUAGCUCAGCAUUUUCCACAAAAGAGGUGGCAUUACCUGUUGCAGCUGAGGAAGGUUUCACUGGCCUUCUUGAAUCUUCAAAAAUGCAGGAUACUGUUGUAAGCGAUCUCUAUAUUGAGAAGAAUUUGCAUGCGGAGGGUUUUGAACACGUGACAAAAGAGAAUCUAUUAAAGGUUGAUAGUGAGGGACGAUGCAUCAUCACUGAUCAUGGCCAUUUUGUUCUUUUUAAUCUAUAUGGUCCUCGAGCUGAUGGUGAUGAUAAGGAAAGAACCAAUUUCAAAUUUCUGUUCUAUAAGCUGUUACAGAGAAGAUGGGAAUCCCUUCUGACCCAUGGGAGGAGAGUUGUUGUUGUUGGUGACCUUAACAUAGCCCCUUCUGCUAUAGAUAGAUGCGAUGCAGAGCCAGAAUUUGAGAAAAAUGUGUUCAGGACAUGGUUAAGGUCCAUGCUAAGAGAAUGUGGCGGCCCUUUUGUUGAUGUUUUCAGAUCAAAGCACCCUUGCAGAGAAGGAGCGUACACCUGUUUUUCUCCAUGUAUUGGUGCUGAAGAAUUCAACUAUGGUUCACGAAUUGACCAUAUUCUUACUGCUGGGCCUUGUCUACAUGAAAAUCAUGUCUCAGAGAAGCUUAGCUUAUUUGAUUGCCAUGUUGGUGAAAGUGACAUUAUGAUUCAAUUCCUACGGGGAAACUUUGAUGGAAGACCCAAGUGGCUAGGGGGAAGGAGCAUAAAAUUGGAAGGUUCAGAUCAUGUCCCUGUGUACAUUAUCUUAAAUGACAUACCUAAUCUUCUUGAGCAUAGCACUCCACCUUUAGCUGUGAGAUAUAUUCCAGAGGUCCGUGGUUGGCAACAAACUAUUGUUCCAUUCUUGAGGAAAAGGCAGCUUCCUGAUGCCAACGAGCAUUCUGUUCUGCCGGAGAUUCUAAUUGAUGAUAAUGUUGCGUCAGAAAAUGGUUGUGAAGGUUCAGUUGAAAGCCUGGACAAUAGAAUGUCUUUGAAGUGUGGGAAACUAUCAAUUUCGACCCGCUUUUCUUUAGACCAAGAUCACAAAAUCAGUGAAGACAUCAGUACUGAAUGUAGCAAGCCUAGUGCUUCUGCAUUGGAUCUGAAGAGAAAUACUUUUUUACAUAAAAUUAAAGUACCAGUGAAAAAGGUUAAGUGUACUGCAUAUUCUCAGCUUACUUUGCGUUCAUAUUUCAAGAAAUCAAAGCCUAACUCUGAUUGUGACGUAGAAAAAACAAACGCUGAUGAAUUGCUUGAUCUAUAUGAUAAUGGAAAGAAUAGUGAUAAUCUUCUCUGUGGAACAGACCUAAUAGCUGCUAAAAGUUCUUUGUCUGAUCUUGAAGACCAAUGUGGGGUUGAGAUUUCCUGCAAGAGCCUUUAUCCUCAAGAUCAGGCUGAUACGUGCUCUUCUUCUUGCUCAAAAACUGAAAACAGAAAUAUGGCAUUGUUGGAGUGGCAAAGAAUUCAACAGAAAAUGAGGAUGACCAUACCGCUUUGCAAGGGCCAUGGUGAACCCUGUGUGGCAAGGUCUGUGAAGAAAGGUGGUCCAAAUGUCGGGCGGAGAUUCUACGUAUGUGCACGUGCCCAGGGUCCUGCAGCUAAUCCAGAAGCAAACUGUGGUCACUUUGAAUGGGCUAGUAAAAGGUCUGAAUGUAGGAAUUGAUGUGAUAAUUCUAUGGAAAUUUUAUCCCUUCAUGGUAUGUAUAGCUACCUAUUCAAGGCCUUUAAUGUCCUUUUUGGCUUUGCCGGCCUGAUGAUGGUUAGAGGAUUCAUUAUGAAAUACAUUGUGUUAUAUGUUUAAUCUCCAUUCGAAAUUAUAGCUCCUUGAUCUUGUACUAAA